GAAAAGGAGAAAAGAUGGACUAUCAAUCGUAGGUCAUAGGGGUGCUAGUGAUUCUUGUCCGGAAAAUUCGAUAAUGGCAUUUAAGCGUGCCAUCGCUGAAGGUGCUGAUGCUAUUGAAUUUGAUAUUCAUAAAACGUUGGAUGGUGAAAUUGUUAUCUUACAUGAUCCGAGUUUGGAGCGCGUAACAGGGAGCAAAGGACAAGUAAUGGAUCGGAAUUUUCAUGGUGAUAUUGAACAUUUAAGAUCAAAAAAAGAUCCUAAUUGCCCUAUUGCUUUAUUUCAAGAGGUAGUGGAUCUUAUGUUGAUGGAGGAAAAUGUUCAUAUUUGGGCUGUGAUAGACAUUAAAUUGUUAAACUCUUCCUCUAUCUUUGCUGAUAUUGAAAAAAUAUUACGCUCCCGUAGCAAUGAUUUAAAAAUUUUUUCAACUAGAUUCAUUUUAGGAAUUUGGCAUCCUAAAUAUUUACCUUUUGCCAAAGCUUAUUUACCUGAACUUCCCGUCGCGUAUAUUGGAAUUUCAUUAAUAAUUGCGAGGGAUCAUUUUUCAUCUGUUGAUGCUUACAAUUUAUUGUAUUCAUCGCUAGCCUGGAGUAAAGAAGGUCGAAACUUUAUUGAACAAGCACAUCAAGCUGGAAAACCCGUUUUCGUAUGGACAGUUAACAAGUUAGAAAAUGCGAAAGAAUGUCACAAUAUGCAUGUAGAUGCGCUCAUGACGGACAAGCCAGGAUAUAUGGUGGAUUUUUUCAGUACCAAUAACCCUGAAAUUUUUGAAUUGUCGAAAUUCUCUUGGUGGUAUCCGAUGUGGUUUGUAUCUAUAUGUAGAUGUGCGUCGACCUGGGUUGCUCAUGUUUCGAGCAGGUAUAAUCUAUUAAAGCACGGACCCCUAGACAGAGUUUAG